AGAGAAAGGAAAGGAAGACGUGAGCCGGGAGUGAGUCACAGCAGCGGAGGAGAGGAGACCAACAGAGCGUCGAGCGACCGCAGGCCUAGAUCUCCUCGAAUGUCGUCUGCAUGUCAGUAGAGAUGUGACAGAAUGAAUGAAAAGAGAAUGGGACAUCUGGUGCUUUAAUUAGCCAUAUGACCUGAGAUUUUCAAGAUGAUUGGAAUACUUCUUUGGAAUUUCUUGGUAUUUGUUGCUGGGGCUGUGAGCAUGCUGGUCUCAGUCUGGUGGUGGAUGACAUCACAAAAUGUAGAGCAAAUACUAAGUGAAAAAUCAUCUUUCACUGAGACCAUGCUGCCAGAUGAAUUGGUAAACAAGUUGAAACAAGAAGAAGGAUUCCAUCGACGUGAAACUUGCUUGUCCUUGAAUCUGAUCCUUCAGUUCUUCUUUCAAGAAAAACGUUUUGAAGCUGGGAUCAUGAGAUGGAUCACCAAUAUUCUCACUCAAGAGUUUAAUGACUUGCUUAAACAUAGAGCUCUCUCCAAGUUCAUUCAUAAUAUGCAGAUCAGAGACUUGAACCUGGGAACAAACUUUCCUGUGAUCCGGGCUGUCACUGCGAAGCAUGUGAAUCUCAAUCCUGAAACAUCAGUUCUUGAGCAGGUUGACAUUAAUGUAGAAGUUGAAUACAAUGGAGGAAUUCAACUGGCUAUUGAUGCAUCUUCUAGAUUUUCUAAAGCUGCCAUGGUCAAAAUAAAAGUUGUUCAUCUCUCCGGCAAUGGUCGAUUGCAGUUUUCAAGGCACCCAUUUACACAUUGGAGUUUCUCUUUUUAUGAUGAACCUCAGGUUGAAUUUGAAGUACAUUCAAGCUUAGGACUUCACAUUCCUCGCUUUAAUUCAGUUAUAGUCUCCCAACUUCGUGGAAUACUUAAACGCAAGCAUACACUACCUUACUUCAAGCUUAGAGGAGCCCCUCUGAUUAGGAGACACAACCAACAGAUUAAUGAAGAAGGCUGCUCUGUUCCUCCAGGAAGACUAACUGGCAGCAUUAUAAAGUGCACACGGCUUCAGACUUCUUUAGUUGGUGAGGUGAUGUACUGCACUGUGAUACUGAGUGAAGUUCCUAUUGUUUGUGCUGUAGAGAAGACUUCUGGUUUGUGGGUUGUUCAGGAUAUAUCUCUAAAACGUCCUCAUGGGUCUUCCGUGGGGAUUCUGUUGCGAAAUGCUGAAGAAGGAACUCAGAUGGUAGAAUCAGUCCAGCAAAAUUCUCCAGCUCAUCUUGCAGGCCUUCGGAAAAAUGAUAUAGUAUUAGCUGUAAAUGGAACAUACUUAAACUCUGGCCACCAAGCAGCAAAGCUGUUCUCUACCUGCAAUAUUAAUGGUGAUAGCAAUAGUAUUACCAUAAGAGUGAAGAGAUUGGUCCAUUCCGAAGCAAAGAAGAUAUUAGCUGAGUACAGAACUGUGGGCUCAGAUGCUUCUUCAGCUGUUGUUGGGGAAGAUGCUUCAGGUAGACUUCAUGUGUUCUCCAGUGCCCAAUCCAGUGUGGCACCUUGCACCAGCAGCUGUAGUUAUAGUGGAGACAAAUCUUCUUGUGCCUGGGUAGACACCUCCAGUAGUGGUCCAUCUGGAUGUGCUUGGACAAAUGAUGUUACUGGUGCUGCUCGUGCUGGCAGGAAUGCAGCUGUUGGUAGUUUUGGUGAUGAUAGUAUAAAUCAUGGUGAUAAGAGUAGAGGAGGCAGAAAUGAAGCAGGAAAUCCCUCCAUUCAUUUUAUUGGAAGUAGUGGUAGUCAUGGUAAUGUUAUAUCAGGCACGAGUGGUGGGAAUGGUAGAAGUAGCUGUAGUUUCAAAGGUGAUUGUAGCAGCAGCAUCAGUAAUUGCAGCAGUGUUAGUGGUUGUGGAGGUGGUAGUAGUAAUGUAAGUAAUAAUAUGAUUGCUUGCACUUGUAGUGGUAGCUCUGGGAUUACACUAAAUGGCACUGAUGAUAAUGGAAUGCCUGGAGGAUCACGUGCUAUUAGCCCUUCUCAUUUGCUUGCUGGGAUAGUGGGUACCUUCAACGGAAAUUGGCCAGCUAAGCACCGCUCUUUGCCAGGCUCUCCUGUCCUGCAGCGCACCUGUAGGAAUCGUGCUGACUCUACACGUGAUGGUGACAUAAGUGGGAGUGGCAGAUCGACACCAGACUCCAGUCACAAUAAUAGUCCUGAAAUGAGGCGAAAGUUAUUAGAUCUACACCCACUUUCUACAGAAGCCCGGCCUCCUCUUCUCAACCAUGAUAAAUCUCCAAUAACAUCUGUUGGCUGUAAGAUCAUUCCUAGAUCUGUUUCCAGUACAGCUCAAGACAAAUCUCCAUGCUCCACUUCUGGUCAGAUUUUUCCUGCGCCUCAUCAGCCCACCACUGAAAAGCCACCAUCUACUAAUAACAGUAAAGCUGGUAUCCCAACCUCAUCAGAAAUUUUGAUGAAUGUUAUCAAUUCAGAAAAAAGAGGAUUAAAAAAGUAUGGAGGAAAAAACAAACAAAUAAAAUUGUUACAAACACCUUUCAUUGAUGGCACCUGUGAACCUGUCUUUGACAGUGACUUUGAGUUUUGGUUAGAGGAAGAGAAUAAAUACAUGUGUAUAGCUGUGUGGAGCAGAAGUAUUUCCAACUCAAAGGAAAAUUUUGAUUCCUUGUCCUCUGAAAAACUGAAAGAGGAGAGAGAACGAUGCAGAUCAAAGGAUAGUGAAAAAGAAAGGAAGAAGAGCCAAGACCAUGAAAAGGCAAAGACUGUAUGUGAAAAUGUAACAGGUGGAUUGACUGAUGAUAUAUUAGUGGGUUUCAUUAACUUACCCUUUAUCUCUCUUAUCCCAGAAACAACCCUCAAUACUCAAGGUCAUGUCAUCAAAAUCCUAAACUUAACUCCUCCACAUCCCAAGUGUCCUGAAGUAGCUUCUGAUCCACUAAUCUCACACAAAGGGUUCAAUCCUAACCUUUGUUAUGGAGAUGUGAUGAUUUCUCUAACAUAUCAACCUCAAGACAGAUGUGAUGUCUUUGGUCGAGUAGUUUUAGAGAAAAAUGGUCUAUCAGAGGAUGAGAGCAUGACAGAUGGUACUCUGUCUGAGGAUGAUGAUGUCCCAACCAUACAAGAGGUUGCUGAAGACCGUAAUCAUGACUUUAAGAGGACCCAUUUCCACUCAGCUACACAUUGCAACUUUUGUAGGAAAAAGAUUUGGCUUAAGGAUGCAUACCAGUGUAGUGAAUGUGGCAUCAUAUGUCACAAAAAAUGUAUGGUUCGCUGUGAGCAGGAAACUGUGUGUGAUCCAAGUGGGUUGCGAUACAAAGACACUCCAAAAGGUGAUGGUCGAGAGAGCCGUGAAAGUAAGGAAACCCCGGAAAUCAUAACAACCAUUACUAUAGCUCCAGAUGCUGAGAAUGGGAGUCCUGGAAACACUCCUCCUCCUUCACCACAGCGUGUAGACAAUAGCCAUCCCAGUUUUCCUCUGAAGGACAAACAUGGCCGGAACCACCACAAGCAAGACAGAGAGGACCCGUAUCAUCACACUAAAACAAAUAGGAACGAAAAUCAACGAGAUUUUUGCUCGUAUUAGUCGCACCAUGGCAACUGUUCUCCAGGUUCUGGCUGUCAGUAUACGAAUGGGUCUCCUGGGUUAAUAUGGUGUUCCAUAACCCAAAUUGUACAUUCAAGCUGUCAUUGAUGUCCAUGGUAACCAUGGCUAGUAAAGGAAUACUAUAUGUAAUAAAUUUUCUAUUCUUUAUCCAUCAUAAUUUCCAUGCAUGUUGAGAAUAUUUGGCUUGGCGUCGGUUUGGGUCACAACUUCAACCACUGACACUGUACUGAUAAUGAAAAUAAUACCAGUAAUAAAAUAAUGAUACAUGCAAUUAGGGUAGGUAAAAGUGCUGGAAAAGUGGGAAAACUAUAUGCCUUCAAAUAUAGUACCUCUUUGUGGAUGAUUAGGAGCUAAAGUGGAUGGGUAGAUUGAGGAAAUAUGUGAAGAACUAUUUCUUAAUAAAAGUAUAUAGAAAAACUGAAGUAUAACAUGACAUCAAAACCUAGAAAUUUUCGGAUGACGGGCGCGCUAUAGCAGCAAUUUUGUACGUGAUAUAGAAGUCUAUGCACCUUUUUAAGUAUGUGCAAUAGCAGUAAAACACAAUAGUAGAAGGUGCAAUAGCAGAGAACUAAAUGUAUUGAUUUUUCAUUAUGUAAAGUUAUUGAUUCUUGAGAUUUACCUACAUAAAAAAAUCUUUGUUUAUGUUAGGCAAAUCUACAAAUUAUAACGUGAAGACAACUUGUAACUGGCUACCUUAAUUUUGCAUCAUGAUAUGUCAGAAGUACUUAAUUGUAUAUUAACAAGGACAGCCUUUUAAGACAAGGAAGGAUAUGUGUUAGUAGCCUACUCAUGGAAUACUAUUGUAGAGUGGUGCUGUGGAUUUGGUAGUAUUGCUGUAUUAAUGUCUAAUGAAAAAUAAUGAGAUAUUUAGAAGCAGAAAACCUCCUAACUUGCAUCUCCAUAGAGAAAUGAUAGUGUAUCACAGAUUUUUGUGGUUUGAUACAGAAGGAGGAAGUUCAGACUUUUCAACCCUGAAAAUCUCUUUUGCUCUGACAUCCUGUGUUUUUCAAAAGUGGGCUGCAGAUAAUUGUAUCCUGACUGGUCAAGCAACUUAUUCAAACAAUACUAUUAUGCAAUAGUAAUAUCAAAACAAGGCAGAGGAUGAUGUUAUUAAGUUAUGGAAAGAGCAAAUAGGAUAGGAGGAUUCUAGAAGUAUUGAGUAGUGCAGGAGAUCAUGGCAGCCAAUCUUAUGGUCAUGGAAGAGUAUUGUCACUGCUAACCCACUACCAACAUGAUUACCCUGGAUGUUCUUCUGGCCUCUACCAGCAAACAAGAAAGAUAACUGUACACCUAGCUGUGCAGUUGCCUGCUAGCCUCAUGGAGGGCAGGGGCUAUAGUCUCACCAGCAACAUCAAAUGAUGAGAUAUGAGAGCUAGCGAGUAAAGAGAAAGACAGGACCAGGGCGGCAAGGAUACUAUACAGAUAAUAUGUGGGUGAGAAACUGCCAGGACUACCCCCUGCAGACAGCUUGAUUCUUGCCAUUUUGUGUAUUAUCACCACAAGUAUCAAUCAUAUUUAUCUACCAUUGGCAUCACACUUUUUUUUUAUGGCUUGGAGCACCUGUAGGUAUAUUUGAAGAUUAUGGGAAGUGCUAUCCAGCUUCCACCCAUUAGCAGAGCAGGCAAUUAUUUAUAUGCUACCUCAAGACUCCAAUGAAAUCUUCCAUAUCUGUAACACUGAUAAUUACCAUACCCAACCAAUAGGGUAAUAUUUUGGCCUCCUGAAGAGCUGAGUCCAAAGCUUCCCCUAUAUUCUGUCUGCAUGCUUCCAACAGUACCACAAAUGAAAAAUAUACCUAUUUGGAAGGCACUAUAUCACUUCCAAUUUGGAUCACAGAUAGUAGGCACUGUACUUUCUUUGUCAAGUGAUGUGGCCUCACUGAAAAUAAAAGACACUGAAAGGGAAAUGAUGAAUCCCCACAACACGUCUGACUGGCGUGGCUAAAUGUAAGCAACUGGUGAGCAGCGCUGUGUGGCAUUAUCUCAUGUGUUAUGCUCCCCACAGCAGAGGUGAUUUGAUGAUGUAAAAUUCCAUUUGAAUUAUUAGAUGAUCCCAUAUUAACUUGGGAAUCAACUGGCUUUAGAGCAAUCACAAGUCACCUGCAACAGCAAGAUCAAGAUCAACAACAUGUGAAGCCUGAGGCGAGUGUACAGCUAGUUAGGUACAUAGCCCCACCAGAUGUGCAAUGUGACAACCCCUGUGAUACAAUAGGUGGGUUACAUUAUCCACAUUGGCCUCCCCUUCAUCACUGGUGUCACUCCUUCAAAAACAAUGAGUACUUGUUCACCUUCUCCUUAACCAAACUGUAACUAAGACUGAUAAAAUACCCUUCACUACUGAAGUGCAAAACUAUCCUCCUGCUCCAGAGGCUGAGAAGGGGCUGAAUCAUAAGGCCCCUCCACACUCUGACAUUUUCUCUGAGGAAUAACUCGAAUGCUUCACCAGAACUUUCACAUAUGGUAAAAGUGGGUGAGGUUAUGGAGUGCGGGGACAUCCUCGACCAGAGUUAUUUUUGCGGUGAGCACCCUGCUCUCACCCAGUCUUAUAUCAACAGCUGAGUGGGGUACGUGUCAGCCACAUUACUUCCUCUUUUUCUCUGCCUGCAAAGACAUGCCUUGCACCAAUGAC